AUGCUGAGAUACGAGUGUAGACUCCAUUCCAGGAAGUAUCCCAGAGAGGGGGAGAUUGUCAUAGGAAGGGUUGUGUCAAUAGGAGGAGAGGGAUUGACCCUGAACCUUCUGGAAUACGGGGACCUGGAGGGACUUGUGCUGCUGGGAGAGCUCUCGAAGAGGAGGGUGAGGAGCAUACAGCAGGUGACCAAGGUUGGAAAUAUCGAGAUAUGCAAUGUUCUGAAAGUCGACGAGGGAAGGGGGUACAUAGACCUGAGCAUGUCGAAGGUCACCGAGAAUGAGAAGAGUGAGUGCAGAGAGACCAGUGCAAAAAACAAGCUUGCAUACCAUAUUAUGGUCAAGGCAGCAAAGAGGCUGGGGAUGGAAGUAUCUGAGCUAUAUGAAAGGAUGGGGUACGACAAGGAGGAGGAGUUUGGGUCCCUGUAUUACUUCUUUGCGAGAGUCAAGGAUAAUGGAGACAUCAUGGACGACGAUGCAAUUGGGGUAACCAUCAAGAAGCUGAUCAGAGAGCAGUUCCAGGCUUCCACAUAUAAGGUCCGUGCAGACAUCGAUGUUGUAUGCUCGUCAAGGGGAGGCAUAGUUUCCAUAAAGAAGGUGUUCAGCGAUGCCCUGAGGCUGGAUCCAAGGCUUGAGUUCUGCCUGAUCAAGACACCCACGUAUUCUGUGACGCGUGUAUCUAGCAACAAGGACAAGGCAUAUGAAGUAGUGCGGGAAGCAUGCAAUGUUCUGAUUUCAAACAUUCAGAAGGAGGGAGGGACUGCCACGGUGAUAAGCCAGCCCAAGCUGUAUGGUGAGAAGUCGAGAUACAACCUGCUGAACUUUGAAGAGAACGAGGAGUCUUCCUCGGAGUAA